CCCCAUCCUCUACAACAGGUCGGUUUGAAUCUCAAACCGCCUAUCUUUAAUCAUGGAUGGGGAUCUCAGUCUCUCCCAGUCCUUGGGAGGUCUACGCAUUGCCAACCCCGAUGAUGCUUCGUUACAUUCGUCGGAAGAUGCAUCAACACCCGCCGCGGGCGCUGCUUCUGUAGCAGAUUCCGACCUGGUACGCGAUUCCACAACCUCCGAACGACCAGAAACUGCCUCCUCUACCCAUCUCCCUCGACCGCCGGCACCUCCCUCGAGCUCCGAAGUCCAAGAAGCCCUCGCCUCCGUACAGGUCGAGUCCUCUACCCGGACGUUCGAGAGUCGGAGCUCAAUUUACAGCCCAUUCUCAGAACCUCCUCAACAACAACAACCCUCACAACCCUCACAACCAAACUCCCAAUACUCUCCUUAUGUGUCCCAGCAGCAACCCAACCCGGGCCCCCAGUCCUCCUCCCGUCCGCUCUCCUCGUUCUACGCGAACGGAUCCACAUCCACCCUGGCAGCUCGAGAAGGCUCCUAUCGGAUCCGUACCGAUUCCGCCGCGUCUUCCGCCUCGGAAAGUCUUGCCCGAGCAGAAUCUCGUGGAGGCUCCGCGGCCUAUCAGGCAGGAGUUCCCGUACGCGAUAGCAAUCACAAUGACCGGUUAUAUCGUACGGCACAAUUGCCCCCUGGGAAUGGGCCAAUGGUGAUGCGUCAGUCCUCACGAGCUCACAGGGGCGGUGGCCCAUCGACCGGCUCCCCGUAUACCAUGGAGAACGGCCCCAGCUCGAGCAGUGAAGACUGGCAAGAUCGCGGUGCAGCCGUGGCAGUCCGGCAGGAAAUCGACGCUAAUGGCAAACCGGUCGCGCGUUAUAUCAAAAAGGGGGUUCGCGAUUUUUCGUUCGCUCAUACGCUCGGAGAGGGCUCUUACAGUACCGUCGUACUAGGCACAGACCGCCAGACGCUCAAGGAAUAUGCGAUCAAGAUCUUGGACAAACGGCACAUCAUCAAGGAAAAGAAGGUCAAAUAUGUCAACAUCGAGAAGGACACCCUCAAUCGACUUACAGAACACCCUGGCAUUGUCCGGCUGUACUAUACAUUCCAGGACGAACGGUCAUUAUACUUCGUCUUGGACCUUUGCAAGGGAGGCGAGUUGCUUGGAGUACUCAAGCGCAUGACAACCUUUGACGAAGAAUGCACGAGGUUUUAUGGUGCCCAGAUCCUCGACACAAUCGACUAUAUGCAUAAACGCGGCGUCAUUCACCGAGACUUGAAACCGGAAAAUGUCCUGCUCGACGGCCAAAUGCACAUCAAAAUCACCGACUUUGGAACGGCUAAGAUCCUCAAGAGUCAACGGAAGCCACAACCCAACUCCAGCGGAAUGCCUCCGCUCGAUGCGGCCGAUAUGUCCGAGGAUGAACGCGCCAGCUCAUUUGUGGGCACGGCUGAAUAUGUUAGCCCCGAGCUAUUGACCGAUAAGAAUGCUUGUAAGGCCAGUGAUUUGUGGGCCUUUGGCUGUAUUAUCUUCCAGCUAUUAGCUGGUCGGCCUCCGUUCAAGGCUGGGAACGAAUAUCAAACUUUCCAGAAGAUCGUCGCGCUUGAUUAUGAGUUCCCUGCCGGUUUCCCUGCGGUCGCUCGCGAUUUAGUCGAGCGCCUGUUGGUCUUGGAUCCGGCGCGUCGGUUGCCUAUCGAACACAUCAAGAACCAUGAGUUCUUCCAGGGAAUCACCUGGGGUCCGGAUCUGUGGAAGCGAAAGGCACCCCGACUCAAGGCGUACGUUCCGCCCCCACGCGAGCCCAUCAAGCUUAACAACGGCGGCAACGGCGACGGCUACCCCGCAAGUAUCAACGCAGCAUCUGUGAGCAAUAACGCUAGUCAAAGGGUCGUUCCUCGACUGGUGACCGAGCUUCCCCCACCGAGUCAGCUAGACAUUGAAUGGUCGCCUGUGCUGACGAAGACAAACGAACGGAUUCUCAAACUCGGUAAUCUGGUCGUCUUGUCUUCGCCCGCAGCCCACAGCCCGGUAUCCAAGAACGGAGGCGAAUACGAAGCGCCCCGGAAGUUUUCGCGGUUCUUCGGCGGCAGCACAACUAAGAAGCGACAGCGUCUGGUCAUGGUAACUUCGUCCGGCCGGAUCAUCAUGGCAGCAGCUGGCGGUGAUGAGAAGAAGGCUAAGUUGGAGCUGUCCCUUCUCAAUCCGGGCACGACAUAUCGGGCUUCAACAGACGCGAAGGGGGUUUCCUGUUGGGUAGUGGAUACGCGCGAUAAGCACUAUGUUUUCGAAGAUCCUAAACCAUCAUCCGGUAGUGUUGGAACGACCGUCAUGUCCUCUCAGGAGUGGUUGGAUACCCUGGAUCGAGCCAAGGAGAUGGCUCUGGCGCAACAAGGAAACGGUUCAUAUUCAGAUGACGCCUUCCGUGACCUGUCCUCAGGACUGUCUAGCCAUGCCAACACGCUGGACCGGAGCUCAGAACUUCAGCAAGAAAGUGCACCUACGGGACGGGCCACCCUGGUCAAGCAUCAGCCGACCGACACCGACUCGGUCAAAGGGAAGAAGCGAUUCAGCCGACGUCAUUCGAAGAAUGGCCUUGCGGCGGUCUUCUAGGCCCGACCUAUUCUUCUACUGUUUCA